GUACUGGCAGCAGGAGCGCAAGGGAGACAUCCGAACGUAUCGGAUACCCCUCACCUCGGGUCGUUAGUGGUCAUCGAUCUCUUCUAAGCCUUAAUGACUGCAAAUACAGCGCAGAACAAUCAAUCGCCAUCAACACGCAGGAAUAUUCUGGGAUGGGAGAAUUGAUAGGCUGUCUCCCGGCGCGCAAUGGAGAGGCUGCGGUGAUUAAAUUCUGUUUAACGUCUCGGUGGUGGUCCGUGUGCGCGCCUCUUUGUUUAUGCGUGUGCGGUUCAGGCUCAGAGAUGGGGGUCUGUGGUGGAAGGGAGUAGGCUUACAUCAUCGCGCAUCUCCAAGUGUUGAAACCGGUGUGCGGUCUGGAACAUGACCGCGGCGAAGACUCUGGGCCGGCUAUUGUUGGACGAGCGAUGAGGCACCUGAGCGGCUCAGCUGUCCAUCUGUCAGGAACGCACUCCCCCUUCCUCGGCUCAUACACCUUCACACACAUAUAAUGAGGUGCUGACGAGUGAAGGGUCACACACACGUGGUCUCCUUGUGUUUGUGUAACAAAUAAAUAAAAAGAAAUUGCCUUAAGGUGGAACUGAAGAAAACAUUUGGAUGGUUAAUUUAUGCCAUUUCCAGUUGGUACUAUGUCACCUUUUUUAGGUAUAAAUAGAGAGCAAAGAAUGUAAUAAAUGUAUACAUGCUUGUCUUCAUUAGGUUAAAAGUGAGUAGAAAUUAUUCGUAGCAAUAUAAGUAGGUCAAUUAUUUAUCAAUAAACACUUAAUUUAUUAAACUGGAAGUGAUUAGAUGUUCCCGGUGCACCAUGACGUAAUCUGUGAUUCAACAAGUAUAGACUCUGAUUAGUUAUCCUUCUCUGUCACGCCAAACUCAGUUUGGGUCAAAAGUCAGAACUCGGAUCUAGGAAUGAUGUCACACUCAAAUAAAGCGUGUUGUGGUUGGAGUUUGGUAAAACAUAAGGAUUUACCGAAGCGGUGGCUGCUAGGCAACCUUCCCAGUCUGCUCUGCCACAGUUCAGAGGGCUUCCUUGUUGAAUUUCAGUCUGGAAACUCUUCCGACUACAAGUAGAAUGUAUCGAAAGCUUUUCCCCUCCUACCAUCACAGACGUAAGCAUGUGAAAUCACUGGGAUUUAAACUGAAACUUUGUGCUUUAGUCAUGUAGGACUGAUAUUGAGUUUUUCAGCAACAAAUGCUCCUGCGUGGUUUGGUGUGAAACGCUGGAUGAACGUGUGGAAAAGGCCCUCAUGCCUCCAUGCUAAGUACGGUUGAGGAUCUGUCAUGCUGUGGGCUUGUUGCUCUUCCAUAUAUAUUGGGACAUGGCAUAAUGGACUACUGGAAAUACAAGGAAAUUUUAAAUUAAAAACUUGUGCUCUAUACCAGAAAACUAACAGUGGGUCAUCAAUAGAUGUUUUUCAUACACAUUUUCUAUCCACAGAAAUGAAAAGCAAAUGAAUCUCAAGCCACUUAUCUUGACUGCAGUAGUGCCAGCUGGCUUUGACUUUCAUGGGUAAGGCUUUGUGAUUUAUGAAUUUUAUUUAUAUUCAAUUUAUUUUACAACAGUUCACUUAUUCGCAUACGUAUUUACCAAUGUUGUUGUGGCUUGUAAUUUUGUAGUUGUUCGAAACUUUACUGAGACGUUUCAUUAAAUGAAUUUCGGCACAUCUGGACUUCCAUAGGUUUGUAGGAACCCCGGGAUAAAACAAACAAUAUUCGGCAAAGAUUGGCUCUUUAACAUCUAAAACGCUUUGAUCUGCUCCGUCUCUACUCGGACCUGCUGGAGUCCAGGCUGCUGUGUGAACUACGUGACAUCAGUGAGGGAGCAGAAGAAGAAGCGGGGUGCGGAGCGGAGCCCGGUGAACUGGGCGGGCGCUGUUGCACGUGUUCUGAAUCGGGGAGGUCGGGCUCGCAUCGCGUUCCUCAUGUCCAAUCGAUCCCCGCUCGGGAGGAGCGACGGGAGAGCAUCAGGAGUAUCACUCCUGCAUCCCUGAAUCCCUUCACUCUCAUCAGCGUCUCUCUCGGGCGACCCGCGGCGCAUCUCCGUGUCAGACUCGGGCAGCGGCUUGGAGGGAGGAAGAGGAACUUGUUUGGAGCCGGAGCUCGCCUUCCGGAGGGACGGAAUUAACGCACUUAUUGGAGACUUUUCCCUCCACACCCCCCCGGCUCCAGUCUGAUCUUGAGAUGGGACUCGGCGAGAUCAUGGCAGCCCGGAGCCGGUCGCUAUUGCUCACCUGUGCCGUUUCUCCGGCGCAGCAGUAAAGCGCUCCCUUCGCACUAUUUUGUGUGGGAUCUGGACAAAGAGGCUCGGAAGGAUUGACAGUUUGAAGUCUGGAAGUUGAAGCAGAAAAGUGACAAAAGUGCUCCACUUCUCUCGCUCACUUGGAUCCUGUACAGUUGGCACUGAUCAUGUCUUCGAGAUUGUAGAUCCGGAGGCGUCUUGUGUUUAAGGUGAGGAAGAGGAGGAGAUCCGAGGUGCGAGUGAACGCCGCCAUGAGCUUCACGCCGUGAGGACCUGGCCAGACAGACAACAGACAGGAUGAAGCUGAGGGGAAGGUCAGCUUGGCCUUGGCAGGUGGCCUUCCUUGUUGCCUUGGUGAUGCUCUGGGUUGACCCCGUGUCCGCCGGCAGCCGUAAUCAUCGGGGACCAACAGUGUCGUAUCAGGUGAAGCAGGGCACCUGUGAGGUGGUGGCCAUCCAUCGCUGCUGCAACAAGAACAAGAUUGAGGAGCGAUCUCAAACCGUCAAGUGCUCCUGCUUCCCGGGGCAGGUUGCUGGGACGACCAGAGCCAGACCCUCCUGCGUGGAAGCCUCUAUUGUUGCCCAGAAGUGGUGGUGUCACAUGCAGCCCUGCAUGGACGGAGAGGAGUGCAAAGUCCUGCCCGACCUGACAGGCUGGUCAUGCAGCACCGGCAACAAAGUCAAAACCACCAAGGUUACACGAUAGCGAGAGAGCCGCCGAGGCAAAAGGAAACCCGAAGUGCUCCAUGUGGAGACGGCGGAUGACUCACACGCAUUCACAGCCCGACGGGGGGGGAUAUGGAGGUGAAGGGACUGCUGUCUGUCACAAAAAAACAAAAUGGAUAAAAUGUUCUCAUCAAAACCACAUGGAGACCCACAUGCAGCAAAAACUGGUCAAAGAAGCUAUGAGACUGCAGUCGGGGUCACACACGGACAACGACAUCAUUCCUACUCUCCACGGUGGAUCUCAAAACACAAAAAUGCAGUAUUUUUGAAACCGUGCUUGAGCCGAGCGUUUUUGGUGCGAGAGCGUAGCGUGAACUCAAGGAUGCGCUGACGGUGUCGUCAAACUCUGGAAGCCUCUGCCGGAGACAGGAGUGAAGAAGGUCUGGGAGCAACGAAAGAGAUAAAAGCUCUUAACUGGCGAGGUAGCAAAUUAGCAUCAGAAUGCUCUGGUGGGUCAUGCCACCAACGCUCACGCUGUUUUUGCAGGAGUCAUUUUGCAGCUCUAAUUAGGGGGGGGGGAUUGCAGUAGAAUCAUAACAGCAUUAUUAAAAAUUCAUGUAGGAUAUUUGCACCCGUCGGAACCGUUUGGGUGACAUUUUAUUGUUCGGUACACGGCACAUCCUUUGUGGCGCAUCUGAAAUGAAACUGGAGGUGAAGUGUUUUCUAAACUGUCUGACGUUCGAAGUACUGUAGAUAAAUAUGCAUAUCGUAAACCAUUAAUUCUGAGUAGUUAUUUGGUAAAAAAAAAAAAAAAGUAUUCAUGGAGCUUUACUUUCUUGCAGCUUGGAACAAUAUGAACUAGCAAACUACGUCUCAUUUAUUUCUCUUUUUAUUUUCGCCCGGAGACAUUUAUGAGCUCAUCGUUCAGAGUUAUGUCUCCUUGAUCUGCUGGGUUCAGUCUGUGGCUACGGUUUUUAAGGAAGCCCAUAAAGGCUUAACCAAAAAUAAUCAUUUGUCUUUCUGCUACUCAUACAACGGACAGAAACUGAUUUUUCUAGCUACAGUGACUUGCAAAAGUAUUAAUACUUCUUGGCCAUUUUAGCAUUUUUGUUUCAGAAAGAACUGAAACUGAUGUAUUUCAGUUUGAUUAUAUAAAAUAGUCCAACACAAAAUAGUGAAGAAGUGUUUGGUGGAAGAUAUUUAUUCAAAACAUUUUGCCAAUAAAUGUCGGAACAUUUGUGCAGCUUUGUACCUGACUUCUCCGUUGUGUUUGGUCUUCAUGGCAUUAUUUGUUUUGUUAUUUUUCUCUAACAAACCUCCGAGGCCUUCACAAAACCGUUAGAUUUAUAUCUGUGUUAAACCUCACACAGGUACACCGGCUUCCAUUAGAAAUGUACGCUAAAAAAUAUUCCGCCAUUUUUUUGAAAUCGUCGAAAAAACACAAUUCGAAGGGUUUCCAUUAAAUAAGAAACGCAAUUAAAAUAACACGCAAAUAUGUUUGUUUACACGGUAAGUCAUUACAAAACACGCCGCGUCAUCGCCAUCCUACCACUUCCUGUCGUCUUCUUCGUCUUUUCCGGCAGCAGUAACAACAGGUUGUUUAUCGCGUGACUCGCGUGGUGCGACGAAAACGUUUCGAAAUAAACCAAUUUCGAUACAGCUGAAAACCCACCUCAUCCACCAACCACUUUAUUUAUCAAAAAACAGGAGAUUUUUCAAAAUUGGCAUCGUUUCCAUUCAGCAAAUUUGUUUUGUAGUUUCAAUUUGUACAAUUAAACGGUCAAUGGAAACACAGCUACUGAUAUUGUUUGCCAGAUGAUCAUCCACUAACAAAUGUAAAUCCUAUAUAUCAGCAACUUCACAAUCUUACACUACUUUGUGUUUUUCUAAUCAUAAAGGUCUCGUGUAAUAAAAGUAAAAAUGUUCCAGGGGUAUGAAUACUUUUGCAAGGCGCUGUAUUUUUUUAUUUUUAAUCCACUGUGGAUACUCUGUGGCAUUUCUUAGGCUCAUACAAGCGUAAAUAGCGAGACUGAUUUGUCUUUACAUUUUGUAUGUCAAGAAUGCAAACCGGUUCAAUUAGCGGAGGUUUUUAUCUCUACCUUUAUCAGUGGAUGGAUCUUUUUGUGUUCAACAUUUUCCAUUGAUUGCAUCUGAUCAAUGCUUCUGUGUGGUUUACAGAAAUAAUUGCUGCAGAUAAUGUCAGUGUUCUUUCCGCGCCUCAUCCUCUACAGAGCCUGAUCAUUACUGCAGUACAGCAGUGUUGCACAGCAAGCAGCCGUCACACUUUUCUGUCUUCUCUGUCAGACUCUUUUCCCCUCUCUCAUGCCCCUCUCCUCUAACACACUGACAAAGUGAUGAUAGUGCUGUUAAAAGAAAGUUUUGUUCCACACACUGCAUCACAGUUUUCUUGCUUGAACUAGAAUGGAGGUUUUCCUUUUUUUUUUUUUUUUUUGCUGUCACGCUUUUCGAAAUGAAGUUUUCUCUCCUGGACAUGCAUCCAAAUCUUUCUCACACGGCAUCAAGUCUGCCUCUCUGAUACGUGAAUGUGUUGGGUCAGCAUGCCUGGGGGUUAGCCUUCUGGGGCCAGCUCCUUCUCCUCCUCCUCCUCUGCGGCUGAGAGCCUCUGCUUCUCAGACACGCCGCCUUGUGAGUUAUGAUAAAUCUUUGGGAGCUGAGCCGCUGACUCUCCGGCUGCAGCACUGCGCUCUGAGCCAGAGGGAGCUCGGGGGACAGCAGGGCUACCAGUGGCAGGCGCCUCCACUCUCUCAUUACUGAGAGGCCUGGAUAGAGCUGGUCUCCUCCUGGGAACACUGACAUGGAAUAUUUUUAGGCUUACGGUGCAGCGUUGCUGCUAGGCCAGUCACACCACACUGCCCUCUUUCUUUGAGCACCGUCUCAGCAACAAUGGUCUAUUUUGAGAAGAAGAAAAAAAAAAACAUGACGUUCUGCAGCAGCAUUCAUGCACAUUUGAUAUAUACAUAUAUACAAAAAAAAAAAAA